CCGAGCCACUGGCUGAGCCGGCCGAGCCAUGGGCUGCGACGGCCGCGUGUCGGGGCUGCUGCGCCGCAACCUGCAGCCCACGCUCACCUACUGGAGCGCCUUCUUCAGCUUCGGCCUGUGCCUCGCCUUCCUGGGGCCCACGCUGCUGGACCUGCGCUGCCAGACGCACAGCUCGCUGCCCCAGAUCUCCUGGGUCUUCUUCUCGCAGCAGCUCUGCCUCCUACUGGGCAGCGCCCUCGGGGGCGUCUUCAAGAGGACCCUAGCUCAGUCCUUGUGGGCGCUGUUCACCUCCACGUUGGCCAUCUCCCUGGUGUUUGCCGUCAUCCCCUUGUGCCAUGAUGUGAAGGUGCUGGCCUUGGUCAUGGCGCUGGCCGGUCUAGCCAUGGGCUGCAUUGACACUGUGGCCAACAUGCAGCUGGUGAGGAUGUACCAGAAGGAUUCAGCCAUCUUCCUCCAGGUACUGCAUUUCUUUGUGGGCUUUGGUGCUCUGCUGAGCCCCCUCAUCGCCGACCCUUUCCUGUCCGAGUCCAGCUGCCUGCCCGCCAAUGCCACAGUUAAUGCCACCUCCAGGAGCCACCUGUUCCACGCCUCCAGGGUCCUGGGCCAGCAUCAUGCAGCCGUCACUGCCGCUGCCGGGGCCCAGCUGCGGCCCAACCAGACGCUCCCGGGGCUGACCCCAAAGGACGGGGCAGGCACUCGCGUGUCCUAUGCCUUCUGGAUCAUGGCUCUCAUCAACCUUCCAGUGCCCAUGGCAGUGCUGCUGCUGCUCUCCAAGGAGCGGCUGCUGACCUGCUGCCCCCAGAGGAGGCCCCUGCUCUUGAGUGCCGACGAGCUCGCCCUGGAGACGCAGCCCCCUGAAAAGGACGAUGCCUCUUCUCUGCCCCCCAAGUUCCAGCCACACUCAGGGCACGAGGGCCUGUUCAGCUGCUGCCAGCGGAAGAACUGCCAAGGAGCCCCCAACUCCUUCUUUGCCAUCCACAUCACAGCUGCCCUGGUCCUGUUCAUGACAGACGGGAUGACGGGAGAAUAUUCAGCCUUUGUGUACAGCUAUGCGGUGGAGAAGCCGCUGUCGGUGGGACACAAGGUGGCAGGCUACCUCCCCAGUCUCUUCUGGGGUUUCAUCACGCUGGGCCGACUCAUUUCCAUCCCGGUCUCCUCACGAAUGAAGCCGGCCACCAUGGUGUUCAUCAAUGUGGUCGGCGUGUUGGUGACAUUCCUGUUUCUGCUGAUUUGCUCCUACGAUGUCCUCUUUCUGUUCCUGGGUACCGCGAGCCUGGGCCUGUUCCUCAGUAGCACCUUCCCUAGUAUGUUGGCUUACACCGAGGACAUUCUGCAAUACACCGGUUGUGCCACCACCGUGCUGGUGACCGGGGCAGGAAUCGGCGAGAUGGUCCUGCAGAUGCUGGUGGGCUCGAUAUUCCAGGCCCAGGGCAGCUACAGCUUCCUGCUGUGUGGCGUGAUCUUUGGCUGCCUGGCUUUCACCUUCUACAUCUUGCUGCUGUUUUUCCACAGGAUACACCCUGGACUCUCAUCAGAUUCCACCCAAAACAAAUCACUGGACGUGGAAAACUCAGAAUGUUACCAGAGGUAAACAAGCACAUGGGGGCAGCAGGCCAGCCAGCCUCGGGCGCAAAAGCUGAGGGUUGCAGUGGAGGCAACCUUUUGAUGCAUUUGUCUCUCCACUCACCUGGUUCGUUGAAGAAAUUCCAUGGAGUCCUGAUGCCCAAAUCUCCCCCUGGCACAUUAGCAGACUUUUACCUGGCUGUUCCCAUCCCUUUCCCUUGCCUGAUUUGGGGGACGGGCUCUGGUAGGAACCAUCCAGGAACCCCCAUGGGACGGUAGGAGCCAGCCUGCACUUCCUUUCAUUUUCCACCUCAUGCAUGGACCAUGCCUGGGUUGGUGAGGCUGAGAAACCAGGUUCAAGUUAUUACGCUCGGUCAUCAGUGCUCAUAUAGAUGUGUUUAAAGGUCCCCAGGCCAACCCCGAGUUUCUCCCUGGCAUGCGCAAGGCGUUUCUGUACUCUUAGGGCCCAAGCCAGAAUCCAUCCUUCUCACAGCUUAAAAUGCCCAUUGCAAGAUUGAUUCUUACUCUUUGGGGCCCUGAUUCAGUGGUAUGCUGGGCCAGCUCACACCAGCUUGAAGAAGCUGCCUGAUAAAAUUGAGGGCUGGUUGUUAAAACAUCAGCCGUUAUGAAAUUUUUAUGGACUUAAAUUAUGAAAAGCUGAGGUAAUAAACACCCAGGACUCCCCAUGUCCCCAUGUUACGGAUGCUCUUGAGGUGCUGGGUUUCUGGGGGAUGAAAUGACCAGGUGAUGGAAGCUUCUGGGCCUUUUCCCAUCUCUGCUGACCGUGGCAGCAUGUCCCUGUCUUGAGAUCAGCCACGGUGAGAGCAUUUAUACCACAGAAAUUGGCCACAGCUAUCACGUUAGCCACUUUCCAGCCCACGCUGCUAAUCAUCCAUGUUUACGGGUCCAAAGCCUGUGGGGACAAUGGCAUGCAUGUUCUCAUUUUCCCUACUGAACUGACAAGCAUAUAAAAGGCACUGAGAAACAGCACAAAGAAUUUCCCAAAGACCUGUCAUUUUAAUUCUACAUCUUUUGUACAAGGAAAAAAAAAAAACCCUCCACGUCCAGCUCUUUAACAAAUGACUAAGUGUGGCACAAUUCCAGCCGUGCAGUUUGCUGAAAGCAGUAAUGCAAGGUGGGACUCAGGAGGCUGUGAGUUGGGACAGCCUCCUGCUUGGCUUGCAUAUUCAAGUAUACGCAAAUGUUAUGCACCUGAGCAAAGAAGUGGAUCAGGGUUCUUGGCCACCUGUCCCAAGUGCUGUGGUUCACAGGCCUGACAUCUGGCCAGAACCGCAGGUGUUGUCCAGGCCGCAGGCUCCGACCACCAGCAUCCUGUGUAUGACAAGGAUCUGGCUGGAGAGACCUGGGUCAAGCCUUGGUCUCACCCUCCAGCUUGGGCAGCCCUGGGAGCACAUCUGAGGCUCUUCCAACCUCACUUUUCACCAGUAAAGUGGCAUUUCUAAAAGUACCUACCCUACCUCAAAGGCAUUUUGAAAGAAUUAAGUGAAUUUGUAUAAAGCGCUUACUCUAAGCCUGACAUAGAGAUUGCUUAGUAAAUACUGGCAAUUUCUAUUUUUAAAACUUCCUUCUAAGCAGUUUCAGGAACUGCUCAUAUGCUUGGUACAUAUUUAUUGUAAGUUUAACAGAUCCAAUGUCUUAGGAAAGCUGGUGGUCAGGGUAUAGUUUUAACUGCAAAUACUUAAGAGGCCAGCCGAUGUCAAAAUGCAAUCCUACAUGGACACACGUGAUCUGGGCAAAGGAAAAUAACCUUUUUUUAUAUAGAUCUAGAAAGAAGACUCAAUGGUUAUAUCUAAGUUGAUUGUGAUUAAUUUGUUACUAUAGAAGCCAACAACAGAUUGAAGCCUAUCUUUCCUAAAAUAAAAGUAUUUUAAACU